GUCAGGGUUAGGUUUAUGGUUAGGGCUACAUGUGUCAUCAUCAUUUACUGUGUCCAUACUUUAUAUUUCACUGACGAUACCCGUCAUGACCAGUAGAUGGAGCCAGAUCUCCUUAGAUUCAUUCGUCUCCGACCAACUGCUCUAAAAGGUUGAGAAUGAUCGGGCCCGAGGCAGGGUAAGUGCAGACCACUUUCCAGAGAGAUUGAUAGAACGACGUCCUUCUUCUUUUGGAUAGUUAUUCCCAAGACUCUGAUUGGCUGACGCUUCACGAAAGUAUUUUUUUUCAUCAACCAAGUCCCUGAUAUAAAAGUACUGGGCCGGUGGAAUGCAGACAUCAUCCUUGAGAAAGUCACAACGAAUCCUGACUAGAUAAUUAUUCUGUCAACUGGACACCGCGAUCACACACUACUGGAUUGGAUUCUCUUUGAACGAUCUUCUGUGAUCCAUGGCCUGUCCGCAAGUUGGCGGCUUCCUUAUGGGAUGCCUCGGGUGGCUGUGCAUCCUGGUCGCCACCUCCACCAACAACUGGGUCAUCAUGUGUAAAUACGGCAUGAACGCCUGCAAGAAGUCCGAAGAGAGCAAAAUCAAGGGUCCCUGGGCGGAGUGCUCGGUGUCCUCCGCUCACUACGAGUGUCAGCCCCUCACCCAGAUCCUGGAGCUGCCAGCCUACAUCCACACCACCCGGGCUCUGAUGAUCACGGCCUCCACCCUGGCGCUGCUGGCGGUGGUGCUGCUGCUGAUGUCGCUGCCCUGCAUCAGCCUGGGCGAGCCCCCCAAGGCCAAGAGCCGCCGCGCCGUCCUGGGGGGGCUCUGCUUCCUGUUUGUGGGUCUGUGCGCGGCCGUCUCCACGGUGUGGUUCCCCAUCGGGGUGCACCGUGAGCAGGACCUGCGCUCCUUCGGCUACUCGCUGUACGUGGGCUGGGUGGGCUCCGUGAUGACCCUGCUGGGCGGCCUCCUCAUCGUCUGCUGCUCCUUCUCCUCCUCCUCCUCCUCCUCCUCCCCCUCCGGGGCCAACGCCUACAACCACAACAACGACCGCUUCUACUACUCCAAGGGGGGGCACCAGCCCCAGCAGCCGCCCCCCGCCGCCGCCGCCGCGGCGACCAGCCACGCCAAGACCGCACACGUCUGACGCGGGCGCCGAUGUCGUCGCCCGCGCCGGCGAUGGGUGGGAAAGAUAAGAGGUGUUGCCGUGACGAUGGUGGAAUGGACUCAGUGGAAGGGGUGGGGGGGGGGGGGGUGAUGUACAGUGACACAUUGAGGAUGAUGAGACAUUGAACACACACACGGAUGUAUGAUUUCACACACGUAGACAAAAGGUUUAUUGAAAGACACAUUUUGAUUAGGCAGACACAACAAGGCACAGGAACACUGAUUUAGUUCGGCCCGAAUGCUUCAGGACUUUGUGAAACGGUCUUCUAUAUAACUAUUUUUAUAUUUUUAUACUUACAAAAGAUGAAGAAGCAAACCCUUAGGAACUUGAAGUAAAAUUGAUAUCCGAGGGUUGUUUCUGUGGUAUUAUGUGUUUUCUUUUAAUAACUAACACCUUGAUGUAUUGUACUGAUAAAGAUAAAGUAUGGCAGUUGUAUGUUUAUGUUUGAAUUUCCAUGAUGUUUUGUACGAUUACGUUCAACAGUGUCAUGCGACUUCUUGAGUUCCGCCCAAGACGGUCAACAUUAGAACCAAAAGAUGCACUUAUCCAAAAUUAUUGAAACAGCAUAAGUUGAGACAUUUCACCAGGCUGGCUGUUUCUCAAACUCUCUGUGGCAGAUAUCCAGUCCUGAGCCACCACACACACGACAAACACACACACACACGGACAGGCGAACAGACAGACAGACAGACAGACAGACAGACAGACAGACAGACAGACAGACAGACAGACAGACAGACAGACAGACAGACAGGCAGACAGACAGACAGACAGACAGACAGACAGACAGACAGACAGACAGACAGACAGACAGACAGGCAGACAGGCAGACACACACACACACACAGUUUGCAGGAUCUUUUUUGGAGGUGGCUAUGAUUUAUUUUAUCAGAUCAGAUGAUCCCUCCACCCUACAUCUUGGAAAUGUAGCUCACAUUUACAAGACGUGUAAUGAUAAGAAAUAAGAAAAAUUAAUAAGUGACAGAAAGUAGAUCCAACCCCAAUUCUACAUGUUGAUCUGUGAAACAAUAAUAUCCCAAACGACGGUUCGGGAAGAGUUUGAAACCUCACUUGGUGAGCCAAACCACACCAUAUGUUUUUUGCUUUGUUAUUUAUUGUAUUCCAAUUAAUGUGCAUUUGUGUUGAAUUUCUGUAAUAAAGGUGAAGUGAUUAUAGCUUUGAACAGGCUAAGCUCGUUCUUUGGUAAGUCUUCUUCCUUAGUCACCAAACCAGUGCCUUUUCCCAAGGAGAAAGUUGUACCUGAACCCUAAAUA